GGAGACAAAAUUAAAAUUGGAAACAUAGGAAAUUUUUAAUCCUUUAAUCAAGCCAAAUCCAGGUUUGUCUGGGAGAACACAACGUUCAUGUCACUGAAGGUGAUGAGCAAUUUAUUGAUGCAGCCACGAUUAUCCCUCAUCCCAAAUAUGAUGAAAACACCAUCGAUAAUGACAUUAUGCUGAUUAAACUGAAGUCACCUGCUACCAUCAAUGCUCGAGUGGGCACUAUCGCUCUGCCAACAUCCUGUCCUUCAACUGGUGCUCAGUGCCUCGUGUCUGGCUGGGGCAACACCCUAAGCCUUGGUGUCAAGUUCCCUUCGCUCCUUCAGUGUCUGGAUGUCCCUGUCCUCUCUGACACUGUUUGCCACAAAGCAUACCCGGGUCAGAUCACUAGCAACAUGUUCUGCACAGGCUUCAUGGAGGGUGGAAAAGACUCUUGCCAGAGAGAUUCUGGUGGCCCUGUGGUCUGCAAUGGACAGCUCCAGGGAAUUGUUUCUUGGGGCCAUGGUUGUGCUGUCAAAGGCAAACCUGGUGUCUAUGCCAAGGUGUGCAACUACCUGGACUGGAUUCAGGAGACCAUUGCUGCCAACUGAACACCUUUACUUCUCUUGUUCCACCAUUCAUAGUCAGUCUCACCUUC